GAGUGACUAGACUCAGAGACAGCGGAGAGAGUUACGAAUCCAACGACUCAUCGCAUGUUUCCAGUGACAGUGAUCAUGGCGACCAUUCUUCCUCUCCUCCCGCACCUGCUCCAGCUCCUCCUUCACCUGCUCCAGCUCCUCCAGCUCCAGCUCCAGCUCCUACCUCACCCUCUUACUCGCCUUCCUCUCCCACAUCUUCCGCUUCGACUGGCUCUCCAGCAACUCAAUCCAACUCUCCGAGCCCAUCAACUACCUCGUCCAGUUCAAGUCAAACAUCCAGUACUCCGUUGCAACCGAAAAAAGUCUCAGCUGAUGUGCUCGAGUUUGCGGUGCUCAUGCAGAUUCCACCCCAGAACUUUGGUGCAGCAAAGAGGAUGAGCUUCAAACAGGCUGUUGCCUUGUCAACUGGCACCUCAGUGUCUGACGUGAAUAUCACCUCUGUACGUGCCAUGUUGGCAAGACGCAGCAGCACAUCUAGCUUGGUAGAUUUCUCGAUUCAAUUUCAAAAUUCUUCUCUCCAACAGGAGAUUGCAACGAAUUUCCCCUUGAAGAAGCUCAAUGAAGAGCUGAUUCUGCAGAAUCUUCCAUCAGUUUCGAACCCAAACUCAUCUUCAUCGCCUUUCACAAUUACAACACCAAUAUUGAUUGGCAUUAUUGCCGGUGGAGUAGUCUUGCUCGGCUUUAUGAUUUGUGUUAUUUGCAUGCUCUCGCGCAAGAAGCGGAAGUCAAACGAUGAUGUGCACAUCUCGAGUAACGGCCAUGCCUCUUUGGUGACUUUGGAUUCGAAAUUCCCUCAACCGACAGCACCUCCUCCUCCUCCGCCUGUGUUCCAGCGAUAUGGACAACCGCAAAUUCCUCUCGCAACUGUUUGCCCAUGAGGAACUCCAUGUAGUAUGUCUAGUCUAUUUUUCUUAAUGAAAUUCCUUUUGUUAUCCAAAA